GUAUUCAUAGUUCACAGAGACAUUGCAAAUCUCCCAGUUGUGGAGUACGUGGCCCACAUCUGAGAUCUGAGUGUAUGACUGUUUAGGCCAGAAGAGAGAGAUGGACAUCCUGGAGACCAGUGCCUUUGACCGCAGACAACGCAGAAACACGUGCUGUGUACUGUUUCUCUAUCUCCUCCCUUUUUUUGCAUCCUGCACAAUAUACUUCUAUUUGUGGAUCCCAGACUCCGCCCCCUCUCUUCUGGCUGCUGGAAUAAAGGCUGCUCCCAUCCUCUCGUUGGUCCUUCUGGUGUUCAGUUAUAAUGGGGGGCGGAGUCUACUGGGUGUGGCCGGAGGGUUGCUGCUCUCAGCGGGCGGAGACUAUUGCCUUAUUUGGCCAGAACUUUUUGUUCAUGGAAUGGGCUGUUUUGCUCUGGCCCACUUGCUUUACUCUUUCUCCUUCCUGUCAUCACGAUAUUCUGCAACAUCUUCGUCUUUCUCAUUCUAUUUCCUCUACCUCCUCCUGUGGUUGAUCGGCGGUGGACUUUACGUGUACCUGGUGCCCUUCCUACGGCUUGAUCCAGAAGCUGACGUCCUCGUCCCAGCCAUAGGGGGUUACAUGCUGCUCAUUGUCAUCAUGGCUACACUAGCUGUUCGUACGCGGCGGCCGCUUGUCCUGCUGGGGAGCCUGGUCUUCAUGGCUUCUGACCUCACAAUUGCACUAACAAAGUUCAAUGUCUUUGAUAUAGAAUACGAAAGGCACAUUAUUAUGACAACAUACUACCUGGCACAGCUGAUGAUUGCACUGGGUGAUGUGAAGGCAAUGCUGGAGGAGGAUGCUGAUGAUAUCCACAAGUGGAAGAAAUCAUAAAACUGCUGUGAACUUUGUGUAUCAUCAUCAUCACUGAAAAGGGUUGAUUAUGGUAUAAAAUGGGACCUAUUUGAAAAACCCGUGUCUGUUUCGCAGUAAAUCCAUACCUAAUGUGUGUGGACAUGACUUAUAUCACUAAAUAUCUGAAAUAUUACAGUCUACGAGAGUGAGACUUCCUUGUAGUAAACUCCUCACAACAGACUCUGCACUGAUAUGAACUGAUUUAUUUAAAUUUAACUGUAUUUAAAUCAAGUUUUAUUUUGUCCAACAACACAAAUAUUUAUGCUGGGAUCAUGCCCCACAUUGAAAUGAUGCUAUUUCUAGAGCAGAGAUAAUUUUAUCAUUAAACAGAAAAUAAAAGAGGUUAUGUCACAGUG